AUGGCCGCGGCGCAGACUCAGUCUCUCUACUCCUCCUUCAACCUUGUCCACAACGUCACCAAGACCUCCUCAGGCUGUGAAAUCCACAGCUACACCUCUGACCUCGGUCCAGACGCACCCAUCCUGACCUUAAUCCACGGCUAUCCUCAAUCCGCGUACAUUUUCCGCCAUGUUGUCCCUCUGCUGUCCGGCAAGGUGUCGCUAUUCGUGCCUGAACUUCCAGGCUAUGGCAUCUCCACGCCAAUAAAGGAUAAGAACGCCAACGACAAACGCUCUGUGGGCACUGCCCUCCUCGAAGCUUUGUCCCAGAUCUUCAACACCACUUCAUCCACCUCGCCCCGCCGCCUGAUAUUGGCCGGCCACGACCGCGGUGCCCGCAUCUCCCACCGUCUCGCCGUGGACUUUUCGCACCCACCCCAGAACCCAUCCGUGUAUUCGACGUUGAACUUGACCGUUCUCGGCACAAUCCUGCUUGACAUCGUGCCUACCGUCUCACAAUGGCAGGCCUUCGCGGACCCGGCCGUUGUGUUAGGCUACUUCCAUUGGCCGCUCCUGGCCAACGCAGACCUUGCGACCGAGAUUGUGGCCGCCUACGGCGGCGCCCGCUGGGUUCAGGAGUCACUCACACGUGUCGCGGGGCCCAACCCAAACGCCCUCGCGCGCAUCACCUCGAACGGCGCGGCCGAUCUAUACGGCUCUUUGUUCGAGCAGCGCGACACAAUCUACUACUCCAGCCUGGACUAUGCGGCCGGCGCCACCUCUGACCUCGCCGAGCAAGAGGCCGACCAGAAGGCCAGUCACAAGGUCGGAGUGCCGCUCCUCGUCUUGUUCUCAAAGGCCAAGCUCGGCGCCCGCCUCGAUGUCCAAGCGCUCUGGAAGGACUGGGUGGCUGAAGGUGUCGACUAUGAAGGAUUUGGCGUCGGAGAUGGUUAUGGACAUUACUUGCCCGAGGAGGCUUAUGAUAUCGUGAGUGGCAAGAUUGAAACCUUCCUCCAGAAGGUGAUUUGA